CUACUGGAACUAAAAAAAACUUGUGGCUUGACGUUGAGUUGUACUACUGAAAAGAAAUUAUCCAACUUAUCGUUGACUUCUACUAGUUGUCACGUCAUAAUACAAUAAGAAAUAACAGUAGCAAACCUUUGAAUGUCGAACAGUAUUAAAUUUAUAUUAACAGUGAAGAAAUAGUGCAAGUGCGUUAGAUGUUAAUUGUUAGUUUCUCUCAACUGCUCAACUGCAAGUGCGAUGUUAAUUGUUAAUUUUUGAGUGAGAAAAUAUUUUAAAUAAUUAUGUCUAAUAAUAAUAUCACUUUGCCGAAAGCUCCGAAGGAAUUAUGUUUCUCCGAGCUUGAUUUUGUACAGGAAAAUUUUGACGUUGACACUUUUCUACAAGAUCACAGGAAAAAUGGCAAACUGGAGACGAUGCGAGAUGAUCUUGGCAUGUACUUAAAAUUAUUGAGAUCUGCCAUGAUAGAUUUAAUUAACAGGGAUUAUGCAGAUUUUGUUAAUCUGUCUAGCAAUUUAAUUGGACUGGAUAAAGCCAUCAAUGAUUUGCAAGCACCACUUGGACAGUUGAGAGAGGAAGUUUUGCAAGUACGCCAAGCCUUGGAUGACGAGAUCACAGCUAUUUCAACUAAUUUAGAUGAAAAUCUGAAGAUAAGGGAACGUAAACAAAGUUUAUAUAGUUUGCAGCAUGCAUACAAGUCAUUGAAGAAACUUUCAUCUAUAUUGUCUAUGGAAACAUUUAUGGAAAAUCCUACUAAAAUCGAUGUUUUGGAACAGGCUGCAAUUGAACUAAACCAAUUAAAAUUUCAUAUAUCUAGAUGUAAAGUAGAUAUGUCGACUGAUCAAGAGAAGGAAAGUUCAAAAUUAGAAAGUUUGUAUCUUACUUUUCUGAAUGAAUUAUUCUUAGCAUGUAUACAUGAAAAAAAUUCAAACUUGAUGGUCCGUUGUCUCAGAAUUUACCUUACACUUGACAAAAUAACAAUCGCAGAAGAACAAGUAAAACAUGAAGUUUUAAGGCCAUUAAUUUACAAUAUAGUUAAUGAGGAGAAUCUGCAGACUGAUCCGCUCGGUCUACAAAGUAUCUAUCAUAAAUUAUUGAACAUUCUAAAUGUGGAAUUAAAGCAGUUAUUGGAUAUCACAUUGUAUCCUGACAGGAUAUCUGUGAAAGGAUUUAAUUUUCUAGUAAACAGCUUUUGGAUUGAAGUUGAGGAAAAGAUCGAGCAAUAUAUAAAAUCCAUAUUUGCUCCAGGAGAUCCGGUGCUAUUUCAUAAAAGGUACACAGCUACAUUGGAAUUCUUAAUAAAGUUGGAAGCAGAAUGUGUUACACCUGAAACUUUAGCAGCCCUGAGAAAUCACCCACAGUACAAAAGUUUUCUUAAAAAAUGGAAUCUACCAGUAUACUUUCAAAUUCGAUUUCAAGAGAUAGCUGGAAACGUUGAGACAAUAUUAGCUGAACCAGUAUCACCAGACUCUGUCAAAGGCAGUCUGACUUCACUGACACAAAAAGAUUUUUCUCUUCACGCGACUUGCAUAGUUUGGGACAAUCUGUUAAGGAUUUGGGCUGACGAUAUCUAUUUGUAUCAAUUAUUCCACAAAUUCUGGAAACUCAGUCUUCAAAUAUGCUCGAGAUAUCAAACUUGGUGCCAGAAUACAAUGAAACAAGUAUGGCCUGUAAUAAAUGAAACUAACAGUUCUAGUAAUUCAGAGCAUUCUACAAGAUUAAAUUUCCUAGUAUAUUUGUAUACCGAUGUGGAAAAACUAAUAAAUGCGUUACCAUCUUUUCUACAAAUGGUGCAAUUAAAAAUUAAAGAUGAGAAUGUUAUUAUAUCAAAAUUAUUAAAAGAGUCUCUGGAUGAAACUUCUAAGAAUUUAGCGAAUCUUUUACCCUCAGUUACAAAAGAGAUCGUGAAUGAGCUGUCGGAGCAAUGUGUAACAUAUUUGAAACAAGUUAGCGACAUUCCCAGAUUGUUUAGAAGGACAAAGCGAGACGUGCCAACUAAACCUUGCCCUUACAUAAAAAGUGCAAUGGUACCUCUUACUAAUUUUUACACAGAUUACAACAAAAUCAUUCCUGAAACCGUGAUUCCCUGGUUGGAAUUAACAUUGUCUUCGCUAACGCAAAAUUACUUACUAUUUGUUACGGAUGUGUUGACGUCCGUGCAAAAGACUGAAGAGAGCUUAAGAAGGUUGAAAAAGAUUCGCGACAAAUCCACUGGAAUUCUUCCUUCAGAACCGCAGGGCACUAGCGACGACGAAAAGAUACGUAUUCAGCUUAAAGUGGAUGUGGACGGUUAUGUAAAUAUGAUCAAAGAGUUUAAUAUUACAACCACAGACAUACAUCAUCUACAGGAAUUGAUAGAUGCUGUAGAAGCAGCUGUUAAGAAAUGAAAUUCAAUUACUCAUGAUUUUUAAUUGUAUCAUAAAAUGUGAUUCACAGUAACUAAAAAAAUACCACUUUGUCAAUUAUAUUAUAGUACGUCAUGUUUCACAUCAUGAUAGAUAGUGAAAACACUUUGAGAAUAGAAUGUAUAUCUGCAAUUUAAACUGUUAUAAUGAAAUUAAUAUAUU